UGGACGACUUUUGACCGGAAAAGUCAUUCAGAAUGCCUCCCAAGCUGAAGACGAAGGGGAAGUCCAAAGGGGGGAAGCGGAAGAAGGAUAAAGGGAAGAAAAAGAAGAAGGAAAAACCCGUCUUCGAGCCGCCCCCACUCCACCAACUCACUGAACUUUACAACAAACUCCGCGAAAAAUUGUUUGACCUGAAGCAGACGCAGGGACGCGCACGCAAAAAGCGGCUCGAAGGAUGGUACAUGACGCGAGAAAUGCUCGCCAUGAAGCACGACAACGACGUCUAUCACGACUACCUCAAGGAAAAGAUGGGCGAGAUCCAACGUCUCAUGGAAGAAAUCACCCUACAAUUAGAAUUGGAGCGGGCGGAGGUGGACCGUCUCAUCCGAGAACGUAUGAGCGACUACGACAAACGCCUCGCCGAGUAUAAGCACCGCAUGCAAAAGGGAGAAGUCGAGUUGAACGAGUUGAGAAUCAAGCUCUUGGAAUAUGAGCACUUAAUUAAGAAGUUGGCCGGACUUCUCGCUCAUCUCAAAGAACUGCAAGACAUGAUUCCUGCCGCCGAGUUGGAUGCCAACGUUAAAACGCGCCACUUGAAGAACCAAUAUUUGAACGAGCGAGCCAAAUUGCACAACCAUUUGGAGAGCGAGUUGUUCAACUUGAUCACGACGUGUCGAUCUCACCUGAUGCCCAUGUUCUCGGACCACAUGAACUUGAUGGAGUUGGAUAAUCGGUGCAAUCGGUGGGACCUCGGCCGACUCGAUAUUGCAAACGCCAGACUCAGUGAGAGGAAGGAAAUAUUGUUGCAGAAAAGAAAUCGACUCAACAUGAAGAAAGGAUAUCUCAGCAUCGAGUGGGCAUUCAGUAAAUUGGCUCAGUGCGAGACUCGUAAGAAGGAGGAGUUGGAGAAACUCCGCCACCCGGAAGUGCCCGUCGUCCCCGUCGAGUGCGAACUAUCCAUCGCGUUCAAGGCCUACCUCAACAAACGCCUCGUCGAAGAACGGAUCAAGCAGAGGAAGGAAGCCGCCCUUAAAAAGAAGAGGGAAGAGCGGAGGAGAAAGUUGGCCUUGCAGGAGGAAAAAGCAAGGAAGGCGGCCGCAGAACAAGGCAUCCAACUUGACGAGCAAGACUUUUUAGACGACUGGGACCUGGAUGACGAGGAGAUGGAGUACUAUCGAGACUCGGAGGGCAACCUGGUCGUCGCGCCGGUUGGAAGGAUGAAGCUGCACAAGGCCAUGAUGGAAAACAGGGACUUGGACGAGGAGGAGGAAGGGUCCAGUGAAGAGGAGGGUGAAGGUUCUUCCUCCGGGUCGGGAUCGGAUGACGAUGACAAUGCAGGAAAACCCAGUCAAACCUCUCAUUUGGUUGGAGAUGAUGAUGACGACGACCAAGAUGACGAUGACCUUUUGGACGAUGAUGACGAUGAUGAUGACGAUGACAGUGAGAACAGUGACGACAGCGAUAGUAAAGCUGCUGGCAGUAAGAAGGCUCAAAAACCGUCAAAACAGAAACCGAAAUCUAAGGGAAAGUCGAAGCGGAAAAAGUGA